AUGUCCACGCCGCCCUGGCCACUCACUCCUCCCGAUGUGUCAGAGCCCCCACCAACGGCCGCUAAAGAUGUCUCCUCAAUCGUAACCGCAAUCCAUGUCAUGUCCACCGAGCGCGCUGCACUCUCUCACCUCGAACGGCUGUACCAGACAGAUGCUCGAGCGCAACAAGAACUUGCGCGUGCGGUGGAUCAGAUUGCGCGCAGUGUACGCCAUGGAGGCAAGUUGGUGGUUUGCGGGGUGGGCAAAAGCGGCAAAAUCGGGCGCAAGAUCGAGGCAACUAUGAACAGCCUGGGUAUAUACUCUGCAUUUUUACAUCCGACCGAAGCCUUACAUGGGGAUCUGGGAUUGGUCCGGCCGAAUGACACCAUGCUUCUCAUAUCGUUCUCUGGUCGCUCGCCUGAGAUAUUGUCUAUGCUUCCGCAUAUCCCCACCUCGUUCCCUAUCAUCGCUUUGACCUCACAUACAGACCCACUGGCAUGUCCAUUGCUAUCUUUGCAUGGGCCUUCGGGCUUGGGAAUUCUUCUACCGGCUCCAAUUCACGAGGGUGAGGAGGCAUCUUUGGGCGUUAGCGCUCCGACAUCAUCUACAACCGUGGCAAUGUGUCUAGGAGAUGCAUUGGCUAUUGCGACGGCGCGAAAACUACAUACUAUGCCAGGCAAAGGGCCUGCAGAUGUGUUUCGAAGCCACCACCCUGGGGGUGCGAUUGGAGCCGCAACCGCCGCCGCAGCCAUGGCGGAGACCUCAUGGAUGACCCCAUCCAGUGCUUCAACCACUACAUUCGAUUCUCCAUCUUCAUCUAUGUCUUUACAAUGGGAGGACCUCAACAGCAGUGCAUCUAUUCCGCCAUUUACACUACAGCCCCCACCAGUGCAUCGCAUCAUUUCUUCAGAUUUACUCGUUCCUCUUGAUCAAAUCCCCACCGUGGUAUCAGCCACAGCAAAAAGCCCCGGUGAUAUUCGAUUACUUGAUAUCCUUCUAGCAGCCAUUCAGCACCCUAAUGCGAGAUCAUGGGUAUUUCUUUCGCCAACUGAGGUCGCUCCGCCUCGCCUGAUUCGGUCUCUUCUGUCCCGGCAGACUAAUGUGGACCUGAGCGUCGCCGAAGCCGUGGCUAAAGACCCCGACCAGCCACUCACCGUGGCCCGGGCGGAUUGGUGUCUAGUCCCAGACUCAACCCCGCUGGCUGAGCUGCGGCGUUUGAUCUCCACUUCCCGAACUGGAUCAAGCCCCAUAACUGUGAUUGCCGUGAUGAAAGAUAUCGCCAAUCCUAGCAGUUGUGUAGGGGUGGUAGAAGCAGAGGAUGUUUGGGGUGAAUAA